CUCCUGUAAACACGAUGCGGGGGUUUCUUUGCGGCUCGUUGUUUACCGCCGCAUGACACAAAUGAAGACACUUCAUGUAAUACGGUUGGAAAAUGGCGCCCCUUGCGGCGGCCGGGUAUAUUUGCCACUGAUUGCGCCAGGGUGGACUCCGUGCGGGGUAACUUUCCAAUUAAAACCCCGGCGUCACAGGUAUCAUAAAAAUCGGGGUUUUUUAAAUUGGAUUCCGGGUCUGGUUUGGCGGCACGGUUAGAAAAAAACAACGGGAACCAAAAACAGCAGGGUUGUGUCGUUAAAUAACACAUGGGGCUGUUUUAUUUUUGAGUGUUCCUGUUUCAGUCUGUCUCUUGCGAAUAAAUUCUUUUUUUAUUUUUUAUUUUUGGUGGUGUUUUAACAAUGGCGCAGUCUGUGUUUGCUCUCCUCCCCUCGAUCCGCCGCUAAUCCAAUGGCUGUUUGCGCCAGGAAGGGCAGGGGUGGGAACGGAACGGAACACCCUGAACCACGUUUCUCCUGGACCCCAACUUGGAAACCGCUCCUCCUCCUUUAACCCGGGUUAUUUAUGGAAGCGUUGCGCAGCUCAGGUGGUUGCCUUAGUGAUGGAUGGGGAGUCGGAACCAAACCCUGUCGUGGCGGAAGAGGCAGGGGAGCGGGUGGAGCCCAUGGAUGCCACUCCCUCCCCCGAGUGCCCGGCCACACCCCCCUCCGAAGAGUCUGGGGAGGUAGUUUCCAUGGUAACGGAAGAUAUAGCCACAAAGGAGGGUGGCACAGAGGACAAUGACGAUGAUGUGGUUCUUGUCGGAGAGGAGGCUCCCCAGCCUUCUGCCACAACCUUCUCCCAGGACACGCCCAGCACAGACUGCAUAGAGCCGGCUGCUGCCGUGGCAACUGUAGACAUGUCCACGACGGCAAUGCCUUCCAAGACUCCCAGUUCUCCUGCGUCUUCCAACGCAUCCACGGUGGCAGCACCACCGAAGCCUCCAACCACGACAGCAGAGCCUAUUGUCAUUGAUGACGAGGAGGACUCUGAGCAGAAAGAGACUUCCUCCCCCUCACUGGUGCCCCCUGGAGGCUCGUGUGCGUCACACUCACCAGGUGCUCUCAGCAGCACUGAGCCAGAUUCAGAGAUCAAGAUCGCCAGUGUCACCACACUGGGCUCCAGUAGCCAGAAAGGAAGCGCAGUAAAUUCUCCACCACAUCCAGUGGACGAUCAGGCAGACAUGAACUUGAUGAUAACCUCAGUGACGUCACUGCAGGAAGGAGCAGCAGACAUCACAGUGGAGGGUGAAAGCCAGGCAGAGGAAAAUGGUCUGCAGAUCAGUAACGCGUUCAGCCUGAAUCCAGACACCCCAUCUGGCCGACCAACCGCCUCCUUCAACCCUGGGCGGGGCUCAGGCCCCCUGGGCCAGCUGGUACAGAAUGGAGACACAGGGACACACAACAGAGCAGAUUCAUGGAUAUCUCAGUCGGCUUCAGUCCCCCGCAACCAAAAACAGACGGGGGUGGACUCCCCGUCGCCCGCCACCUCGCUGCCCAAACCUCCAGGCCAGUCUUCCUCAUCUACUUCCUCCUCAGGCUCUCAGCCACAGCCCAGGACAGUCAAGGUGACCUGUGCAAACUGUAAAAAGCCUCUGAAGAAAGGCCAAACGGCCUACCAGCGUAAAGGCUCCACCCACCUGUUCUGCUCGACCACCUGUCUCUCUGCCUUCUCACACAAACCCGCCCCCAAGAAGAGCUGCACCAUGUGCAAAAAGGAUAUCACAAACAUGAAGGGUACCAUCGUGGCGCAGGUCGACUCCAGCGAGUCCUUCCAGGAGUUCUGUAGCACCGGCUGUUUAGGUGCAUAUGAGAACAAGCAAAAUCCUCCCAAAUCAGGCCUCAAAACCAAAUGCACAGUCUGCGGCAAACUCACGGAGAUUCGGCAUGAGGUUAGCUUUAAGACUGUGACCCAUAAGAUCUGCAGCGACACAUGUUUCAACGUUUACCGCAGGGCCAACGGGCUCAUUAUGAACUGCUGCGAGCAAUGUGGUGACUACCUGCCCAGCCGGGCGUCAGCCAACCACUUCCUACUGGUCGAUGGCCAACAGAAACGCUUCUGCUGCCAGAACUGCAUCAAGGAGUACAAGCAGGCCCACAGUAAACUUGCGAGCUGUCUGACUUGCAAAACACUGAUCAAGACUGGCGAAGUGCUCCACAGCCUCGGAGCAGGCGGCACAAUGGGCUCAUACUGCUCCGUCAACUGUAUGAACAAGGGCAAGUUGGCAUCAACGUCCUUCCUCAACACAGAGCCCACGUGCCACUUCUGUAAGAGGAAUUCAUUACCGCAGUACCAGGCCACGCUGCCAGAGGGAAACAUCCUCAACUUCUGCAGCUCACAGUGUGUUACCAAGUUCCAGAAUGCUACUCUUCAAACAGCCACCAAUGGACAGACACCUCUCUCUACUACCAACAACACUGUCCAGCUGAAAUGCAACUACUGUCGCGGAGCAUUCAGCUUGAAGCCCGAAAUUCUGGAUUGGGAGGAUAAAGUCUACCAGUUCUGUAGUAAGACGUGCUGUGAGGACUACAAGAAGCUCCACUGCAUUGUGACUUUGUGUGAGUACUGCCAAGAGGAGAAGACACUACAUGAGAUGGUCAAGUUUUCAGGGGUCAAGAGACCAUUCUGCAGCGAAGGCUGUAAGCUGUUAUUUAAGCAGGAUUUUAUCAAGCGGCUGGGUCUAAAGUGUGUGAGCUGUAACCACUGCAACCAGCUCUGUAAGAGAGGUGUGACCCGGCAACUCGGCGGCAUGACUCGGGACUUCUGCAGCGAGACGUGUGCCAAGAAAUUCAACGACUGGUACUACAAGGCGGUGAGGUGUGACUGCUGUAAGGUGCAGGGUAACCUGACGGAGUCUGUGAUGUGGAGAGGAGAGAUGAAGCAUUUUUGUGACCAGGAGUGUCUGUUGAAGUUCUACUGCCAGCAGAACGAGCCCAUCAUGGUCACACAGAAAGGACCCGAGAACACCAGCCUAGGGCUUGAUGUGCAAGGGACCAAACUCGGGCUAGUCAACCAGAGUACUGCGGCAUACACAGGUGGAGGUUUGAUGAGAGAUGUCAAGAACAAGGCUGUGCUCUGCAAGCCGCUCACCCUCACCAAGGCUACUUAUUGCAAGCCACACAUGCAGAGCAAACUUUUACAGACAGAUGUAGAUGAUGGUGUAAAGAGGGAGUAUAUUCCAGUACCAAUACCUGUACCCGUCUUCAUCCCCAUGCCCAUGAAUAUGUAUUCCCAGUACACUCCCAGUCCAGUCUCUAUGCCUGUACCGGUUCCUGUGCCUGUGUUCCUGCCCACCACCCUGCAGGGGGCAGAACAGAUCAUUCAGACCAUCAGCGAACUGAAAAACAAGGUGCCCUCUGAUCCAGUGGCGGCCGACCUGCUCUCCACGGCUGAGCCGGUCACAGAGGAGGAGAAGCCAGAUGUGAAGCCGGUGAAGGUGAAGAAGGAGCACAAAGCAGAGCAGUCCUCUAGCAGCAGCAGCUCUGAAGAAGAGGAGCAGGAGGAGGAUAAGUACGAGCCUGACCUGGACCUGGAAACGGACUUCCCUCAAGCCUCAGACCUUGUUCCAGCUCCGGAGGGGAUGGACGAGGACAUGAGCUUUUCUCUACCUCCCGUCCUGUCUGAGGAGAAAGAAAAGUCGGAGGAGUCCACACCUCGGCCUCAGCCCAAGAAACAAGGGAACAAGAGGCAGGCGGUCCAGAAGAGUUCAGAUUCAGCCCCAACCUCUUCUUCCAAAUCAGCGAGCAAACGCUCGGAAGGACCAUCGCUGCCUCUCAAAGCUCGCUAUGGCAUCAACGCCUGGAAACGAUGGGCACUGUCUCCUUCUGACCAAUCAGAUGACACCAAAGUGAAGGACGACUCCAAACCCGCUCGCCCUAAAAGCAACCUGCUGUCGUUGAGUUCAGAGGAGCUGAAUGUGGCUCUGUCCCGGUUUGUCAAGGAGGUCUGCAGGCCCAGUGGGGAACGCUACUCUCCAGACAGCAUCCUCUACCUCUGUCUGGGCAUCCAGCAGCAUCUUCAUGCCAAAGGCCGGAAGGAUGACCUGUUCAGUGAUCCGUGCUACCAGCAGUUUGGAGAGGAGCUCAACGCAGUCUUGAAAGACUGGCAGCCCAGCGUGCUUCCUGACGGCUCUCUGUGGGGUCGAGUGGAGGAGCAGAGUCUGUGGAGCAGCCGGCAUCUCGGGGAGCAGAGUCCAUCGGCUCUGCUGCGCUCUCUGGUUUACCUGAACACCAAAUACUUCGGCCUGCGCACCGUGGAGCAGCACCUCCGCCUCUCUUUCGCUAACGUCUACGACCCCGACACCGUCCGUCCUGUUACCAAGGGGACCACCGUCUGCAUCCGCGUGCCUUCCAUCUCUCAGGAUCACCAUGUGCAAACACAGUCAAGAAAGCGAAAGCGUAAAUCAGAAGAAGGCGAUCAGGACGAUAGCGGCGGCGAAUCAGGAGACUCCGCUGUUCGCUGCCCGGUUCAGAAGCAUGAGUGUCGCCUCUACGAGCUCUACAGAUCUAAGUGCCCGCCAUCGUUGCGGGAGCGCCUCGAUAUCUUCUACGUUCAGCCGGAUCCGGCCUGCAGCCCCGACGACCCGCUGUGGUUCAGCUCCACGCCACUAGAGCGACAGAUCCUGGAGAGCCUCCUCACCAGAAUCCUCCUGGUCAGGGACAUUUACUCAGAAAAACAGCACCUGGAGAAAGAUGAGGAGGAAAGGGAAGGGGACGGCGGUGAAGCAGCUGGGGGGGAGUAGCGACAGUUGCUGGGACUUGUGUUGGCGGAGCCUGAACAGUCUGAAGAGGAGGACGAGUAGGGUAUCUAGUAAUAUGUGUCCUCUUCACACGUCUGAUCGUCUAGUCCUCUUUAACCUCCUCACUGACUUGCUGUUUCCUCCUGGUGAGGAAUGUCCACAAACAGAGGAUGAUAAAAGGUGGUGGUGAAGAGCAGCCCAAACAUGUACUUCGGCCUCAAAAAAGGAAGCUAGCGGACAAAAACUUUGAUUUCAUAAACCAGACCAAGGAGCACAGGCACAGAGCUGAUCAGUACGAGGAAGGGAUAAGAGAAGUGGAACUGAGAUAAAAGACAGCAUGUUGUCAUAUUUUAAUGAGACAGAAACUGCUGUUGUGCAUCGAUAACGAUUCUGAGAUGCAGCGUAUUUAUAGUGCUCAGACAUGCAGCUUAAAAAUAUUUAUACCUCUAACAACACAGGAUCACGCUUAAAUAAAGUUAUCAGCGACCAUAACGAGGUACCAAGUGACACUGAGAUGAAGGGACAAGAUGUGAAGGAGUUACUUUCCUCUACUUCUCAGCUUCAUAACCUCCUCGCCACCUCUCUGUGGGUGGAAAUGAUGAUGCGGGAUGUUUGGGGUCAACGGAGUAACUUAAUUUUUGAGUGAGUGAAACUAGAACUACCAGAAGAGUAGGAAGAGGUGCUGCAAAGCUUAUUAUGUGCUGCUCUUACAAGAAAUUCACAGCUGGUAGAUUGAAAUUCCAUCUUUAAUGCAGUCUGGAGUACAGCUUGUAAAAAAACCGAAACAUGGCUGAUGAAAGAGAUUUUUUCAGAUCAAAUAUAACUGUUUGAGUUUAUCUAGUAAUCAUGUUUGACCACAGCCAUCAGUGAUUCACGUUGAUCAAAUACUACUUUUUCUUAAAGGUCUCAUAUUGUGCCCCUUUCGUAGCCAAUUAAUGAAAGUCUCUCAUGUCCCCAGAAUGUGUUUUUCAGCUCAAAGUACUGCAAAGAUGGUUUGUUUUUGUUUAGGUGUUUGUGGCUUUCAAUGCAGCUGAACUACUGCUGUCCACGCCCCCUUCAGGAAGAAAACUGCCUCUGUAUGCAUGACUGACACACAGAGCAAACAGUUGAUGAAAUUCAUGGUACAGCUGUUGCUUUAAACUUGUGUGUUUGGAAAAUUUCAGAUAAAUUACUUCAAAUCUGUAUUUUUGGUGCAGAACCACAGCUUGCAAAUGACUCCUAAAUGACUGCUGAUUUACAUGUAGUCUAAAUGGGCGGCAGUUCAGUCACUAUUUCACACUUGUAUUGCUGUCUGACAGCAGAAAAUUAUGCAAAUGAGAAAAGCUUGACAACUAUCAGUUCCUCAGUUGCAAUGUAAAAGAUCAAUAAAGUUAUAUGUUUGUCUAGACUUGAGAAAUGCCACAAUUAAACAUCUUAAUAUCUUAACACCUCCAAGAGACCUUUAAGGAAUUUUAACAGAUAUUUGGUUAUGUGAAUCAGUGACUCAAGAGCCAAAAAGACUGCUCAUUUUUGGUGUUAAACUGCAGUUGAGCUACAUGUUGCCGCAUUAAAUUCACCCAUGAUGUUGCAAUAAACAGGAAAUGGCGCAAGUCAGAUUAUAAACACAAAGUUAUAACUUGUGCACGUUAUCUGGCUGUCAGUAGCGCUUCCACUUGUUGCAGCCAAACAGCUGAUGAGAUUUUUACAGAAAUAGAUAAAUAUGCAACUGACAGACAAAUGUGUUGCAUUUUUCCACUGCAUAAAGAUGGGAUUUGUGACUAUCCAGCAAGUCUUGAAAGGGUAGUAUAAGAUCAGCAGCUUCCUCCUUCCUGUUGUACCACGUAUCUCCGUUAACUGGGCUGCUUUCAUUCCCUCCCAUCGUCCUGCUCGCUGCUCUUCCUCCAUCAGUACUGCUCUCAGGCAAAACCGUUGCACCACAGAGGACUUCAGCUCAGAGUCGGGUCAGAAGAAGAGGACUUAAAGUGUUCUCUUGUCAGACUCGCUGUGGUGCAGUGGAAAGGCUACCUACCGACAUGCUGCAUUUCUUUAUAGGACAUUAGGGGAACCUUCAUUCAUGCGAUGUAGCAUUACGUGCAUACUAAGCCCAGAUUGGGUUACUUUGAUGUGUAAAUAUCUUCAGAACAAGGCGGUUAUUUGAGUCCACACAGAGGGACACUGUUGUUUGGCGUAAAAGAAACUCACCCACUGAAACCUUCAGCUUGAAAACUUGCCUCCUGAGAAGCCUUUUUUUUAAACAACUGAUUAUUUAUUUCUCUUUUUAUUAGUUUCACUGUAUCCUCUUCACGUUGGGGUGAGAUUUUUGUGGAUUCUCACCUGCCACUCAUUGAAAAACCUGCUGCAGACCUGCGCCCUCACCUCUCUCUUUUCCGGUAAAAGGUAUCGGUAAAGGAUCCUGCUAAACAUGAAGGACGUGGAAGCUCAGCAGUCUCCUUUUUUGAGUUCUGCUUUUCUCCUCGUGUUUGUAUUCUUCAUUUCCUUUCAACUUGAUCUAGUUUAAAAGCUGAGCGCCUGUUAAUAAAUGUCCUGUUGUAGAGCACUAGCACUGCAAAACAAAAGCUUGUGUUGUGACAGAUAAAUGGUUGGACUUUUUCACAAACCAAACAUGUUUUUUUUUUUUUCACAUGACACAGUCUGUGAUAAUUUUUGUAUUUUCUUUUUAUUUAUGUCAGUCACCCCCCCCCCCUUUUUUUUUUUUUUUUUUAAACUUUUUCUCAUGUUUUGUUUGUGAUUGAUGAAGUGUCAUGAAGUUAAAACCCAUUUUUACAGUUAUCUGAGAAUUUGUUUUCUACUUCCUUAGAAUUGGGAGAAUACUAUGAGACAUUUCCACUACCAGUCCUCCAAAUAUAAGGAAGAUGUUGAGUUUGACACCCCACAAACACAAUGUCUGAAAUUUCUCACUGAUUUUAAAAACGUGUUCUCUGUGCACAAUCCACAUGACUGCUCCCCCGUCCUGACUGAAGUGGAUUUAACUGGUGAACAAGGUCAGGGAAUACACUUUCAGAGUUUUAUUUUAUCUAAAGAGCAGGUGUUCCUGUUAUUUUUCUACACCUGAUUGCAUUUAAUGGCCUAGAACAUUUCAGGAACAGCACUGGUGGAGUUGGACGGAGAACAUCAGUCAGGAUUUCUGACACCGGAUCAGUGCCAGCCGGAAAUCCAAACCUUUAAACUUGAUAGUGGAAGUUGGAGCAGACCCUGGAUCAGAGGACCCCGGUUAACCUGGCUGAUUUUUCCUGCUGGACUCAAAGGCAGCAACCAAACCUGCCACAGGUUUGGACCUACAGUAGACGCUGUGGCUGGCUUUAAUGCCUAAUGUGAAUGUGCCUAUCUGUAUAUACUGAAAGUGAGUGAUUGUGAGUCUGAUGCUAUGUGUGGGCUGAUCUGCUGAUACGGUCAUGUUAAAUAAACGAUUUCAUUUUCUAACCAGA